UUUUUGUCAUUAUGGUAAAAGCUCUUUGAUUUUCCCUCUUACCUCAUCCUCCCGCAGACAACCCAACCCAACCCAACCCACCAAAAUCUCUCUGGUUCUCUGAGGUUACUCUUGCUUGCUCUAAAACCACUGAACAAAACCCAUGUUCGCUUCAUUUCGAAACGCUUCCCAGCAUCCAAACAAGCAGCAGCAGAAGCAAGAAAGAGAAUGGUUAUCUGUGAGUUUUAAGCCAGAGAACUUUAUUCCAGGAGUUGUCAUUGGCUUCAUUCUUGGGUUGCUGUUGGAUUUAUCACAGCCCGGUAAGGGUCAGUCGAAGAAGAACAGUAUCUCAGUAGGCAAGGUGCAACAGCGAAGUUUGGUCACUAGUAAUGGUGAUGAAGAGCUUAAAAUGGUUCUGGUAGUUCGACGAGACCUAAAGAUGACAACUGGAAAAAUUGCAUCUCAAUGUGCUCAUGCUGCCACCGGCGUGUAUGCAGAACUGAUGCAAAGCCACAGAUCCCUUUUGAGACAAUGGGAGCAAUAUGGGCAACCCAAAAUAGUGGUUACAUGCAAGAAUCAACAAGAAAUGAAUAAGCUGAAGGAAGCAGCUGAGGGCAUUGGCCUUCCUACUUUUGUUGUUGCUGAUGCAGGGCGAACACAGGUUGUGAACGGGUCUAAGACAGUUCUUGCCGUUGGACCUGGACCAAAAGAAUCAGUUGAUUCAGUGACAGGGAAACAAGCCCUCCUCUGACAGUGUUGUAGAAACGGAGGCCUAUUUCCUGCAACGCCAUUGUUCUCCCAUAUUCUACUUGAAGCCUGUAAAAUGCUGUCAAGGUGAAGGUGAUUUUCACGAUCUUGCAAGCAGUGGCCAGAUGAGAUGCCUGUUUUCCUAGUGUUCAUCUGCAGGAAGAAGGGCGCUGUUUAUCUGUUUUCCUAGUGUCCUCUAGACCUAACCCCACUGCCGCGGUGGAGAUAAAGAUAGGAAGAAGGGCUGACAUGUAUCUUCAACUUUCCAUAGCUCUGAUUGGAAUGUAUGUUAAGACAGAUUGUAAAAUUGCUAGGUUAAUUAUUAAUAAAUAGAAUUCAUUCUUGUGACAACCUAAA